AAAGGUCCGCCCCACAGUUAAGUGGUUCCCUUUCGAACAAGACACGAGGUGGGUAUACUUCUGCUGUCAGCAUGCAGAUCUUCGUGAAGACCCUUACGGGUAAAACUAUCACCCUUGAGGUAGAGCCAAGUGACACUAUAGAAAAUGUCAAGACCAAGAUUCAAGAUAAGGAAGGUAUUCCUCCUGACCAACAGCGAUUGAUCUUUGCCGGAAAGCAACUUGAAGAUGGACGCACGCUAUCUGACUACAACAUCCAGAAAGAAUCAACACUCCAUCUUGUGCUUCGUCUGCGUGGUGGUGUUAUUGAACCAAGCUUACGUAUCUUGGCCCAGAAGUACAACUGUGAAAAGAUGAUUUGCAGAAAGUGCUAUGCCCGCCUCCAUCCCCGUGCUACCAAUUGCAGAAAGAAGAAAUGUGGACACAGCAACAACCUGCGACCCAAGAAGAAGCUGAAGUAGAUUGUUAAUCUGUCAUUGCAAUUGAUAAUCAUUAAAGCAUAUUGGCUGUAA